AUGGCCUCUUCAUCCAUCAAUCUUCUGCGCUCGCUAGCAGUUGCACGAUCGCGCAUCUUCCAAACAUCCACACCCAGCCUCUCCAAUCCGGGUGGUGUGCGAACCGGAUCCAAAAUUCUACGUGCCAGAUUAAGAGGUCCUAGCAUGUUGAGGUACUAUCCUCCUACGCUCAAUUUGAGAUCUGUCAACAUGUUAGGUAGAGAGCUGGAAGGGGAUAUGUGGAGGGAUGUGGUAGAUUGGAACGAGAGACAGCGAUUGGCUGAUCUAGACAAGGCUAAACAUUAUGGGAAGAACCCGCCCAAGAAAGGUGAGUUUCCCAGUCAACAUGCGGGAUUUGCAAGUGCUCGUGUGACGCAAUGGCGGAAUAGGGGAAACAAAGGGACUGUGUAAUGCUUACAUCUCCUUUCCACCUCUUCGCUUGCAAUGCUCCGGGCAGGUCAAGGACGAAGAGCAGCUGUCAAAGGAAAGAAGUGA